AACCCCUCUCUUACUCAACCGACCCCGCGUUUUCUCUCUCCCCGGCCGGUCAUAACUCUCCGCUUCCUCAUUCACACCACAACCAACACCACGAGACGCACCGUUUUCCCUCUCUCUCUCUUUGUGUGUGUGUGUGUGUUGCAGCAUGGGAAACUGUAACGCUUGCGUUCGAGCGGAGAGUGAAGAAGACUACAAUAGCUCGAACAGCAAGAAGAAGAAGAGGAGCGGAGAGCGCAAACCGAACCCGUAUGCAGAGGACCAGAUUCGCUCGCCAGCGCCGAUCCGGGUUCUGAAGGACAUCAUCCCCCUGAUCCACCGGAGCCGAAUCGGCGACAAGUACAUCCUGGGCCGGGAGCUGGGCAGGGGAGAGUUCGGCAUAACGUACCUGUGCACGGACAGGGAGACCAAGGAGGCCCUGGCCUGCAAGUCCAUCUCGAAGCGGAAGCUCCGGACGGCAGUGGACGUGGACGACGUGCGGCGUGAGGUGGCGAUAAUGUCGACGCUGCCGGAACACCCCAACGUGGUGAAGCUGAGGGCGGCGUACGAGGACAGCGAGAACGUGCACCUGGUGAUGGAGCUGUGCGAGGGCGGCGAGCUGUUCGACAGGAUCGUGGCGAGGGGGCACUACAGCGAGAGGGCCGCGGCGGGCGUGGCCAGGACGAUAGCGGAGGUGGUGAAGAUGUGUCAUGCUAAUGGGGUCAUGCAUAGGGACUUGAAGCCUGAGAACUUCUUGUUUGCUAAUAAGAAGGAGCACUCGCCGCUCAAGGCCAUUGAUUUUGGGCUCUCUGUGUUUUUCAAGCCUGGGGAGCGGUUUUCAGAGAUCGUGGGGAGUCCGUACUACAUGGCGCCAGAGGUGUUGAAGCGAAAUUAUGGACCAGAGGUUGACAUAUGGAGCGCCGGCGUGAUUCUUUAUAUUUUGUUAUGUGGGGUUCCUCCAUUUUGGGCUGAGUCCGAACAGGGUGUUGCUCUUGCGAUUUUAAGAGGUAUCCUUGAUUUUAAGAGGGAACCGUGGCCUCAGAUUUCUGAAAGUGCUAAGAGCCUUGUUCGGCAGAUGUUGGAGCCGGAACCCAAAAAGCGGUUGACUGCUCAACAGGUGCUUGAUCACCCCUGGUUGCAAAAUGCAAAAAAAGCUCCAAAUGUCCCGUUGGGAGAUAUUGUGCGGACAAGGCUCAGGCAGUUCUCUGUGAUGAAUAGAUUCAAAAAGAAAGCUCUUCGGGUAAUUGCAGAACACUUGUCUCUUGAAGAGGUAGAAGUAAUUAGAGAUAUGUUUGCAAUGAUGGACACUGACAAAGAUGGGAAAGUAACGUACGAGGAACUGAGGGCUGGUCUUCGAAAGGUUGGUUCACAAUUGGCUGAACCAGAGAUAAAAAUGCUGAUGGAAGUGGCUGAUGUUGAUGGGAAUGGAAUACUGGACUAUGGAGAGUUUGUAGCAGUGACAAUUCACUUGCAAAGGAUGGAGAAUGAUGAGCAUUUCCGCAGAGCCUUUAUGUUUUUUGACAAAGAUGGAAGUGGGUAUAUUGAAUCAAAUGAGCUACGGGAAGGCUUAGCAGAUGACUCGGGUGAAGCUGAUAUUGAUGUGCUGAACGACAUCAUGCGUGAGGUUGACACAGACAAGGAUGGGCGUAUUAGUUAUGAGGAAUUUGUGGCUAUGAUGAAAACUGGAACUGAUUGGAGAAAGGCAUCUCGACAGUAUUCAAGGGAGAGAUUUAAGAGUUUAAGCCUCAACCUAAUGAAGGAUGGUUCUUUGCAGCUUCAUGAUGGGAUUACUGGUCAAGCUAUUGCUGUAUGAGCUAAAAGUUUUUCAUGAUUUUGGUUUGUUUGUGCCACUCAGAGUUUCUUUCCUUGUAUUAUCGAUAUACACGAAAAAAUGGCAUGUGGGGGAUUCAUCAAAUGCCAGUUAUGGGUCCCUGAUAUUCUUUGGUUACAUUGGCGGGCUUAAGUUGCCCUUUGCCAGCACGAAGCAUCGACUGGGGAGCCGCAUGUUGGCUGGAGUUGUUCAGCUGUUAACGGAGAUCGUAGAAGCAUGUGUUGUUCUUGGACGAGUGGCACAAAUUCUUGUAUAUUUCUCACUUUCUUUUUACGCUUGAUGUAUUUGCUACUUCAGGUUUUUUUUUUUUGUUUUUUUUUUCCCCCUUAACAUUGUGCAGAAACCAGUUAAGAGUUGUUUCUUGGAAAUUUGUCAUUGGAGAGAUGUUCAAAUGUUUUAUUCUUGCACCGA